GCAGCAUUCACGGCAUUUUGCGACAGUGCCGUACAUGAACGCUCAACUCUCCCGGGUGAGAUACCGGCGAGCAACGCAGUUGCAGAGAAAUUUCAAUAAAAGCGACGGAUAACUCAAUAACACGUCGGGGUUUUUGGCCGAUCAAAAGCACACGUCGUUCACACAUCGUUUCAGCCGCCCGUAAUUGCUCGCAGUAGAUGUGGACUCUUUAGUUGAGCUGAAAGCGACGCGAGGGAAGGCAACUAAUUGUCUACACGGGCUUGAAGUAAGUUGCCUCCCCAGCGGCGCUUUAAAGGGAAGCCACAGAAGAACGGUGAAAAUGGACUAUGAUUUCAAAGUGAAGCUCACCGGGGAGAGAGAACGCGUCGAGGAUCUUUUUGAGUACGAGGGAUGUAAAGUUGGACGGGGAACGUAUGGCCAUGUGUACAAAGCAAAAAGGAAAGAUGGGAAGGAUGAUAAAGAUUAUGCCCUGAAGCAGAUUGAAGGCACUGGAAUCUCGAUGUCUGCCUGCAGAGAGAUAGCACUGCUGCGUGAACUGAAGCACCCCAACGUGAUCUCACUGCAGAAGGUUUUCCUGUCACAUGCAGACCGCAAAGUGUGGCUUCUCUUCGACUAUGCCGAACACGACCUCUGGCACAUCAUCAAGUUCCACAGAGCCUCCAAAGCCAAUAAGAAGCCUCUUCAGUUGCCGCGUGGGAUGGUGAAGUCUUUGCUCUACCAGAUCCUGGAUGGCAUCCACUAUUUACACGCCAACUGGGUCCUGCACAGAGACCUGAAACCUGCUAACAUAUUGGUAAUGGGAGAAGGUCCUGAAAGAGGACGUGUGAAGAUCGCGGAUAUGGGUUUUGCACGGCUGUUCAAUUCACCACUGAAGCCUUUAGCAGAUCUGGACCCUGUAGUUGUUACAUUCUGGUACAGAGCACCAGAACUUCUGCUGGGAGCCAGACAUUACACCAAAGCCAUCGAUAUUUGGGCGAUUGGCUGUAUCUUUGCUGAGCUUUUGACCUCAGAGCCGAUCUUCCACUGUCGACAGGAGGAUAUUAAGACCAGUAAUCCGUACCAUCACGAUCAGCUGGACCGUAUCUUCAAUGUCAUGGGUUUUCCUGCAGACAAAGACUGGGAGGACAUUAAGAAGAUGCCGGAACACUCUACAUUGAUGAAAGACUUUAGGAGGAAUACGUACACUAACUGCAGCCUUAUAAAGUAUAUGGAGAAACAUAAAGUCAAACCCGACAGCAAAGCAUUCCACUUGCUGCAAAAGCUGCUCACCAUGGACCCAAUCCGCCGAAUCACAUCUGAGCAAGCCAUGCAAGAUCCAUACUUCCUAGAGGAGCCUUUACCCACAUCUGACGUCUUUGCUGGCUGCCAGAUUCCUUAUCCCAAACGAGAAUUCCUUACAGAAGAGGAGCCUGAAGACAAGGCGGACAAAGUAAGAAAUAAAAACCAGCAGCAGCAACAGCAGGGGAACAAUCAUACCAAUGGGGCGGGGCACACAGGUAACCCUGAUAACAGCCACGCACAAGGCCCGCCUCUGAAAAAGGUGAGAGUGGUUCCGCCCACUACUACCUCAAGUGGCCUGAUCAUGACCUCAGAUUACCAGCGCUCCAAUCCACAUGCUGCCUACCAGAACCCAGGACCAAGCACAUCAUUGCCCCAAAGCAGCAUGGGAUACUCCUCUACCUCCCAGCAGCCUCCACAGUACUCGCAUCAGACCCACCGCUACUGAGUCAGGCCACGCCCUCACAGUGCCCAGCAGCGAGAAUGUACUUAUAGCGAGGCGGUUGUGGAUCUGACCCGAUCCGCCCUUAAACUCUUCUGGGCACUUGCUGUGCAGCAUUUCCAUAGAGACACCACAGGAACAAUAACUGCACAUGAAACCAACUAAUCUAACACGUCACAGUAUCAUACAGCCGACAUUAUCCUCAGCUGAUAAAAUGUGGGGAAAAAAACUAAAUGAAAAUCAUAAAGACUAAGAAAAAAACUGAUAUUUGUUCCAUUGGUGAUUGUUUAAGUCUUCGCUGCAAGUUUGAGAUACUUCACAUGAAAAAAGAAAAAGCAACAAACAUUCUCUAUACGUGGUACUGUACAGCUACACGCUGUAGAGAGAACUGGUUCUGCUUGGGGUGAAUAUUCACCAUACCACCAUUAUAAUAAGCCCCAGUCCCUCUUGCCCUCACUUUGAAAGUCCUUUGGCCUCUCCAAGACUAAAGCUGCUAUGCGACUGCCAGCAAAAACAGAAUGGCUUUCUGUCAUACUGUCUGUGUGUCCUUUUGCCCUUACACACACACACACACACACACACACACAAACAUAGAUUCAAGCACUCUACACAUUGCUGGGGACCGAAUUCUCUGCUGCAGCUGCUGACGGAAGCAUAAUGAGAACCUCUAGUGCCCCCUGCUGGAUCAUACUGGUAGAAGGCUACCAUAAAAAUAUCAGCUUGAUUUUAGUAGUUAAUAAUUUAAUGUUUUGGUUUUACGUUAGGAGAGGUCAGCUUCUUCCAUUCUGCUGUCGGACCGACUAUUACACGUGAAAGAUCAGCCUUAGAACUUAAUGACAAAACUAGUUGUGUGGACAGCAGAGUGAACAUGCAUUGUACUGUAUUGUAUUAAAAUAUUUUACAUGAAACAAGUAUCCUGACAAUAAAAGUGGAAGCGUUUAAAAUACGUGUA